AUGUAUAAUACAUACACAGUUUCAACUUUCAGAUGGGAUCCUUCUGAUUAUUAUGCAAAGUAUUAAGAAGAAUAUUAUCUUGGAUUUGGUUGUCCUAUUUUUUACAUUUUAAACAAUAUCAUAACAGAUUUAUAAAUAAAAGGAUUGAUUUAUAGUAAUAACUUUGCUUACUUUGAUAAAAGUUAAAAAGCAAAUUCAAUGGCGUCUUUGAUCAAUCACUCAAUGAAAUAGAAUGAUGGGACAAUAUAUAAGGUUUUGUUUGAAAAUGUGUUGAUUGAAAAUAAUUAUGCUGAAAAUGGUGGAAGGUUUUUUGAUAUUUCAGCUCACUAAAUUAUUUUCAGAAAUGUUAUAGUUUAAAAUAACGGUGCUUGGUUUAAAUUUCUUAGCUAAAAUUAUCCAACUAUAGCAUAAAAUGAAACCUAUUAAUAUCAAUUCAUUAAUGGGUUUACAAUUUCUCUAACUCCUACAGACUACUCGAAAUAUGAAAAGGUCACAUUUAAUAGCUGUACCUUUACACAGAAUUAUGGAACUACCUCAGUCAUAAUGUAAAAUGAUGAUACUUAACUAGUUUUCCAAACCUGGUUCAAGCAAUGUACAUUUACCGAAAAUCAGUCUAAUAGAAGCUUAGCAAAAAUAUUAUACUUAACCAACCAGCAAAUUAACGAAGUGAAUCUAACUCAAUGUGUAAUUCAAGAAAAGAAAUAAAAUCAAUAUAUAAUUCAAAAAUAUCUCAUCGAGGAGAGAUCAACUUAUUUUCUUGCCACAAACCCAUCAUUAAUAGUUUUAUCAUCACAGAAUAACUUUUACUUUAAGGAUGGAACAGUAAGAUAUGUUAAUUUCGUUUAAGAAGCAGCAUUUAUACUUGCCUAAGAAGCUGAAAAUGUUAUUAUAUCAGGCUCCAAGUUUUAACAAAAUAGCGGCGCCACAGUGUCUUUGAUUUCAUUAAAAUAGACUAAGAUUGAAAUAGAUAAUUGCAUUUUUGAUUAAAAUAACGGUCAUGAUAAUGGUAUCAUUCUCGGAAAUGAUUAUACAUAAAUCACGAUUAAUAAUUCUAAAUUUUUGUAAAAUUUUGCAGAUUCUUACAGUAUUUUUCAAAACUCUAUGAACUAAGAUUUUUCUCAAUUUAAAAAAAUUAAUGGCAAUUUUAUAUAUGCUAUUUCUGAUUCAAACUUAAUAAUCAAUGGCUCUACUUUUGUAAAUGGUAGAGGAAAAGAUGGAGGAGCUGUUUACUUCUUGGGAUAUUCAAACUUUACUAUUUUAAAUAGUAAUUUUACAGGGUGUUAAGUUGAUAAUCAAGGUGGUGCUAUUUAUGCAGCAUCUUAUGAAUCCCUACUGAUAGAAAAUACUACUUUUAAUGAAAAUAAUGCUUAAGUUUUUGGAACUUCAAUUUAUUCAUCUAAUUCUAUAGGUUAUCUAUAAAUAGACUUAAAUUCUAAGUUUACUUCUAAAAAUUCUUAAAAUUACUUGUAUUUAUCCUCAAUCGAAGAGGUAAAGAUAGCAAUGACAUUAUUUAAGAGCGAAGCUAAUAGUGAACUAAUGAAGAGCAACUACUCAGCAGUUUAUUUGGAUAGUAUUAAUAAAGUUGAAAUUAUUAAUUCAAAAUUUGAGCAAAUUUAUGCAAAUACUUCAGGCGGGUAUAACUUUGCUUAAGUAUAUGGAUCUGAUAUUUCUUCAGUUGCCAAAAUCCUAAAGUAAUUAACUGCCAAAGAGUAUUCAUAUGCUAAAUCAGAUUUACAAUCAAGCUAAUUAAGAAUCCUUGAAACAUCUGGAGCAUCUACAAUUGAACUUAAAAAGCAGAAAUCUGGUGGAGUAAUUGAUCCCAUAUACUUCGCUCUAGUUGAUAAAUAUGGCUCAAUAGUACAAACAGAUUUAACUAGCAAACUGUAUCUAGCUGUAGUACAUAAUAGCAAUUAUCAAUUUCCAUCAACAUUUGAGACUUCUACCUCAUUUGAAAUCUCAAAUGGAACUUUCAUAAUUGACAGCCUUGUAUUCGUUGGAUAACCAAAUUCUGAAUAAAACGGUAUAGAUUACAGUAUUCCUGAUAACGCAGCCUACUAUAACAGUCUUUAAAGUGGAAGUACUACUUCUACUACAGCCUAGAACGUAGAAAUAAAGGUUGAGAUAAGAAAUUGUGAAGCAGGAGAAGCAUUUUUGUCUUCUGGGAAAUGCUAGGAUUGCAGUAAUGAGUAAUAUCUAUUGACCAAUCCUGAAGCAAUUAGUGCUUGUAAGGAUUGCUAAACUAGUAAGUAUUUCUUUAAAUCAACCAAAAUGAAGGUGUUUCCUAUUGUUAUGGAAGAGAUUAAAUUUAUCCCAGAGCUAAUUACUGGAGAAGUAGUAGGCAUGAAUUAUCCUGAAAACAAUACUUUAGGAGCCUGUAGAUAAGGGUAUUAAGGUAUAAUUUGUGCUGAUUGCAUGAUUGGAUACUCAAGAACUGGUACUUAUGAGUGUUCUCCUUGCCCAGAAUAAGCAUCCAAUUCCUUCAAGUUAUUAGCCCUAUUGAUGAUUAUCGUAUUUGCUCUUGUAUUCUUAAUAAGAUCAACAUUAGCUGGAGCUCUUGAAGAAAAAAACUACAUUUCAGUUUUUAUUAGAGUAUUGAUGAAUCACUUUUAGCUUUUGAUAAUCACUGCAUCUUUUAAUUUUUAAUGGCCUGAUCAGCUUUAUGCUUUUUUUAAUUCAGUGAAACCCGUCUCUGAAGCCACUACUUAAUUCCUUUCUGUAGAUUGUUUCAUUGACACUAGGAAAUCUAAUAAUGACACUUCCUCUGUGAGAUCAUUCUAUUCAAAAACAAUUAUUCUUUCAAUAGCUCCUUUCAUAGCUGUAAUUAUUUGUAUAGCAGUGUGGAAUCUAAUUUACUGCAUCUAAGAUAGAAAAAAGAGAUAUUAAAAACUUUAAGAGUAAAAAAUUAAAAGAGAGUUUAUUAAAAUUUAAUUAAACAGAAAUAAAAAUAGCGCAACAACUGCAAUCUUAGAGGAGUUUAAGAAUCCAAAAAAUGAAAAUAGUCAAUAGGAGGAAGAAACUAGUAGAUCUAGUAAAUAAGACAUACCUUUUGUUGGAUAGAAUGAAACUAUAAAUGUUCAUAAUCAUGAAGGAAUUUACGAAAAUGAUGGAAAUGAAGUGAUUAAUCUAAAAACAUAGGAAGAAAAAGAGAGAAGAAAGGGGAAAAUAGUUUCAUCUGUGAUUAUCAUACUAUUUUUCAUCCACCCAACUAUCACUACACAAAUGUUUAACGCAUUCAAUUGCUAAGAUAUAGAUGGCACUCUGAGGUUAUUUGAAGACUUAGAAGUCAUUUGCUAUCAGGGUAAUCAUUUUUACAUUGCUCUUUUCGUUGCUCUUCCCUCAAUAAUUAUUUGGUGUAACUUAGUGCAUUUUUUAAAACUAUUAGGUUUUGGGAUUCCUUCAUAUGGAUAUUUAUUAAUGUCAUCAAGAAGAAAUGAAUUAAAUCUUGUUGAAGUAAAAGAAAGAUAUGGAUUCUUGUAUAAUGGUUACAAACAGCACUCUUACUACUGGGAAAUAUUUAUCAUGUACAGAAAAUUGCUAAUUAUAAUCAUUCAAGUAUUUCUUGCUUAAGUGGGAAAGAUAAUAUAAGUCAUGAAAAUCUUUGUAAGCUAAUUUCGUAAAACCAAUAUAGUUGCAUUGAAUAAUAAUGGAAAAAUUGUUUUAUUCUUCCUAAUUGUAGUUAUAAACGUUGUAUUUUUCAGUUAUUGGACAGCUAAGUUUAUUCAAGAGCUUAGACAUUUUAUUCACAAAAAAUUCCCAAAAAUAUACUUCAUGCUAUUCCUAUGUUGCAAUCCAAAAAAGAAGUAAUAAGAAGAUGUAGUAUCAGAGUAUAUGAAAAAGAAUCAAGUGUUUCUAAAAAAUUAUGAAAACAUUUGCAAUUAUUUGGUUCAAAGGAAAAAUUUGUAUCUUAAUGGAAUGAUCCCACCAGAAGAUCAUGAAUUAUAACGUUUAGUGCUUAAGCUGAGCCAAUUCAAAGAAGAAGUAGAUAAGAGAGAAAGUAUUUAUCAUCAUUAAACCUAGUCAAUUGAAAAACUUUUAUUGGCAAAAGAAAUGGAUCACGCUCUAUAAAAAUUCAAAUUAAGACCAAGACAUGAGAAAAUUGAAUCUAUCAGCGGAAAUCAAGGACACCAAGUUCCUUCGAUUGAUGACAUUGAAAAUGGAUUUUAAAAUGGUAUUCAUCAUUAAAGAGAUAGAAGUAUUGUUAAAGAAAACUUUUCAUUUGAUAACUCAUCUCGAAAAUCUGUUUUUGGCAAGUAUAACAAGCCAACGAUGAUUUCUGAGCAUUAUAAAAGAAAAAUCUCAUUAGAAGGACCUGCUUCAAGAACAUUUUAAACUCAAUAAAAUUUGGUCUAAAGAAGCAAUGUAUUUACCAAUCUUAAUUUAAGGAAAAAUUUGGAAAUAAAAGCAGAAAAAUUUGACGAAGAACCAUAAGCUAAUUACAAUAACAAAAGGUCUCAUCCUGAUUUUAUGAUAGAUACUUCAACAAAAUUAAUCAAAAAUUAAAAUAUGGAAGAUAUUGUGGAUUAUCUUUCAACUCCUAGAAUGAAAAAAAAGAACAAUAAAAGUAUAAUUGUCUAGUAAGAGAAUCUAUCUAAAUAUUAAAGCAUUAGAAGUUAUACAUAACUAAAUCGAGAAGUUAAUUCUAUGAAUAACGCUUAAAAUUCAAAUGACUAAGAGGAUUCAUCUGCAGAGGAAUAAUAAAUUUAAGAAGAAAUUUCAAGAUAGCUAGGAAUCUAAAAAUACAAAGAUGAUAUAACAAUGAUUGUCUACAAUGAUAAUGAAGAUAAGUAGUCCCAUUAUAAAACAAGCAUAUAUGGAGAUUAAUCAGUGUCUGAGGAAGAUGAGGAUUAUGAGAUUAAUUAAAUUGGAAUAUAAAACGAGAUUUAAAAUUACUAAGAAUUAGCACAGAAGAAAAUCAAAGAAUAGUAAUUGGAUAUUUUAUAAUCAAAGAAUUACAAAGCUAAAACUUCAAAUAAAUUCAGAAAAAUUGAUGGUUCUAUAUCAUAAAAGAAUGAUAAUAAAUCUCAUCGAAUGAGAUCAAGAUCUACAAUAAGAUAAAAAUUGAGAUAAAAACCAUUAAAAAGGAGUAGAAGUCGUUCCUCGCAACAUGACAAAGAAAUUAAAGAAUAUGGAAAUUCGAUUGAUGAAAAGUAAUUAAAGAUUUAAGCUGAUCUAUUUGUGAGUGAUAUUGUUGAGGAAAGUGUCAAUAGUGAUAGAGAUUAAUCUCAAAAAUAUGAUACAAAAUAAGAUAAACAUUUGAUAAUAAAUUUUAAGGAAUCAUACAUGAUAGAGCAUCAGUAUGAUUGA